AUGGAUGCCGCUGACGAGGUCGAUCUUUAUGAGCUGCUUGGCGUUGACAAGUCCGCCAGUCCGAACGACAUCAAGAAGGCCUAUCGCAACUUGGCAAGGCAAUACCAUCCCGAUAAGGUGCCCGAAGAAAAGCGGGCAGAGUCUGAGGCCAAGUUCAAGGCAAUCGGACAGGCAUAUGAAAUCCUCAGUGAUGAAGAGAAACGCCGGAUGUAUGAUCUUCAUGGCAUGGCUGCCUUUGACCCCUCCAGGGGCAGCGGCAGCAGCGCCGGCGUCGAUCUGAACGACAUUCUCUCGCAGAUGUUCGGUAUGCACAUGGGCGGCAUGCCCCGUGGUGGCCCUGGUCGGCCCAGACGUGGACCGGACGAGGAGCAGCCCUACAAGGUCACCCUGGAGGAGCUCUAUAAGGGUAAAACCGUCAAGUUCGCUGCUGAGAAACAGGUCGUCUGCCCCCAAUGCAAGGGCAGCGGCGCCAAGGAUAAGGAGAAAUCCAAGCCCGAGAGAUGCCAGCGCUGCGGUGGUGUCGGGUUGCAGGAGGCUUUCCGCCAGAUUGGUCCCAACCUCAUGAGCAGAGAGACUGUUGCUUGCGACCACUGCCAAGGUUCGGGUACCUAUAUCAAGGAGAAGGACCGCUGCAAGAAGUGCAAGGGCAAGCGCACGGUCAAGGAGACCAAGGCUUUGGAGCUCUACAUACCUCGCGGCUCCAUGCAGGGUGAGCGUAUCGUCCUGCAAGGCGAAGCUGAUCAGUUCCCCGAUCAAACCCCAGGCGACCUGAUCUUCCAUCUCGUUGAGGAGCCUCACGACCGCUUUACCCGUAUUGGCCAUGACCUCUCUGCUGACCUCAACAUUACUCUUGCGGAGGCUUUGUGCGGGUUUUCACGUGUUGUCCUGAAGCAUCUUGACGGUCGGGGCAUUCAUAUCAAACACCCCCGCGGUAAGGUCCUCCGGCCGAAUGAUGUCCUUAAGGUGCCCGGCGAGGGCAUGCCCCACAAGAGGGGCGAGGGCAAGGGUGAUCUUUACCUGAUCGUGAAGAUCCAAUUCCCCGAGAACGGUUGGAUUUCCGAGGACAACGAUUAUGAAGCACUCCAGAAGAUUCUUCCUCCUCCCGCCGAACCUAUCACAGCUGACGAGGUUGAUGAUGUCGAGUAUGAAGAGAAUGCAGAUAUCGAAAAGAUGGGUGCUCACCAGGGUGACCCGCGCUAUAGUGGCGGCGAGUGGGAGGAUGAAGAUGAAGAUGAACAUGGUGGAGGCCCGCAGUGCGCCACGCAAUGA